AUGGUGGUACUGUACAGGUUCUAUGAGGCGCAAAUGUCCGGGGAGGUGCCGGCAUGGUCCCGAGCAUCCCAAGCACAGGGGGGAUGGCGUAACUGGAGCCACACUCAUGAUGGAUUCGGGCCAGAUGGCAUUGGCAUGUCACUGUCUGGUGGCUGGUACGACGCAGGAGACCAUUUGAAAAUCAGUUUACCGUUGGGCGUUACCGCCUCCAUGUUGUCGUACGGCAUGCUGACGUGGGAGUCCACGUACCGCAGUGCGGGACAGUGGGAUUUGGCCGUACGGAAUUUGGACUGGGUGGCGUCGUACCUGAUCAAAUGCCACGUCAACGCCAGUGACAACCCCGCCGAUAACGCCUUUGUGGCCCAGGCAAGGGAGGGGCAAGAGGGGGCUCAGCUUGGAAACGGGUUCGUGUGGGUGGGUGACGGUGACACGGACCACAACCUCCACUGGGGCCGCCCGGAGCAGCAGGCGGAGGGGGGCGAGGAGGGCGCUCUGGGAUGGAGGCCCGUGUACUUGCUGACAGCGGAGGGGGGGAAGGGAGCGGACAUCGUGUCGGAGGCUGUAGCUGCCAUGGUCGGCACCGCACUGGUGCUACGUCGUCCGGGAAUCCACUCCAACCCGGCUAAGGCCCAGGAGCUACUGCGUCGUGCAACCCAGCUAUUCGAGUUCGCCAAGCUGCUCCCGGGCAUGUGCGUGAGCCGUGUGGGGCUGUCGGGGGUUGCGUCGCUCACGUCGCCAGCCCUAGGGUGGUGGUCGCCGCCGGCGGGCCGCCAGACUCUGUACGGCAGCGCUCGUUGGCGCGAUGAUCUGGCCUGGGCCGCCGCCUGGCUGUGCCGCGCCGCCGUCGAGACGGGCGUCGGUGGCGGCGCCGGCACCUCCGCGGGCAGCUCGGCCUGCGCCGAAGCGGCGUCGUUGUGGAUCGACGCCGCCGACACGGGUGGCGAGUACGGCCGUGACGUCAUCGCCUGGGCGGCGGUGUUUCCGUUGGCCUCUAUGAUGUUGAGAGAUGUGGGCGCUGGUGGUCCCGCGAUGGUGGGUCGCUUCGAGCAGCACAUCAGCUACGUGUUGGACCGGUGGAUCUCCCCCGCCGCUGCCCCGCCGUGUAACGGCACCUCCCUGGAGUUCCAAGUUUGCUACACGCCGGGGGGACUUGCCUGGUACUCCAACUGGGGGAGUGCCCGAUGUGCAGCCAAUAUGGCGAUGGCGGCCCUCAUGUCUUCCCGUACCGGCACCGAAACCAACACCAACACGCCGGAGGUGGCCCUCACUCAGCAACGCCGUCGCUGCUGGGCUUGGCGCCAGGCCAGCUACCUGCUAGGGGGAAACAGCCGCAAUCAGAGUUUCGUUGUGGGAUAUGCGCCCACCCCCUACCACUCCUCCCCUACUCGCCCGGUUCACAAGAGCUCCUCCUGCCCUACCGACUACAACACCACCUGUGACUGGACCGCGCUGUCUGCGCCCGGAGCCAACCCCAGUGUACUGUACGGCGCAUUAGUGGGGGGCCCCGAUCAGUUAGACGGAUAUCAGGACUCCCGGGGCGAGUACGUCCAGAACGAGGUGGCUCUGGAUUACAACGCAGGGUUCACGGGGGCCAUGGCGGGCCUUAUCGAGGUGGAGUCCCUCCUUCACGAGGGCGGCUGCUCCUGGGAGGGCUACUGCGUCAGCACCAGCUGCGGCACCCCGGGGGACCGGGGGGUGCUGCCCGCCCCCGCCACCUGCCCCGCGGUUCAGAUCUGUGUGGUGGUUAUGGUGGUUAUGGUGGUGGCGGUGGUGGUGGCGGUGGUUCGCGCCGCAGCCAUCAUAAUCUCCCGCCCCAUCAAUACCAACGACAUGUCCGACAACCGCAUCCGCGGAGGCCCCUCGCAGCCACCUCCCCAGCCACCGGCUCCACCUCCUCCGCCCAGCCCGCCCCUAGGCCUGCCCUCCGACCCAUCCAAGGCACCCGCCACAUGCCGUCCGACGGAUGCCGCCUGUCGGUCCUGUUUAGGCAACACCAACGUUACCAACACAACCGCCUGCAGCGCCUGUGUGGCGGUGUGUGCAGAACUUAGUAUUAUCGAUCAUAGGAUAGAUAUGAGGGGCCGUAAGAAGGUCAAGCCCGCCACUCGCUGUCUGUCCGACUGGCGGGACGCGCGAGCCCAGUGCUUCGACUGCGUCACCUCUGGCGUGACGGACGCCGUGUCCUGUGCCGAGUGCGCCAAGCUGCCCACUGCGGCAGCCAGGGCCGCGUGUAUGACGUGUCAAGUCCGCCCACUGUCCGCCCAGUCAGCCAGCUGA